ACUCCAGUCCAGGGUAUAUAAGUAUGUAUGACGAGAAGCCGAUACUUUUCAACCAGCGUAGACCUGCAGACAGACACAGAAGCAACCAGCAGUCCAAACGCUAAAUCCAGGUUUUUAUCCAAACCUUUUUCUAUUUAGAGUAGACCUGAGACGAAAUAAGAGCUUGAUGGGAAUCGGCAAGAAACGGAGUACCUGACUGCACAUACAGUAGUCAUUUCUGUCGCUGUGAUUAGUCGCUGGAACAUAUCUCCGCUUGUGUGGCGCCAGACCUUUGACCCCUGAAGUCCAGCAUUGAGAAGCGGCUUAAUGGUACAAACUUAACCGACAGACCUGAGAAUCAAGAUGUUUGAGAUGCCUGCUUUCCCCCGAAUGACCUUCCUGUUGCUUUGCAUUGUGGGUAUGACCUUGGUGACAUCUGGCUUCCCGCAGUCUCGACUACGUCUCAGAAGUCCUGAUGAUUCAGAGGAACCUACAGGAGAUGACUGGGAUGUCCUCUUCCCCUCCAUCUCUCUCCGUGAUUGGAGAGUUCAAAUGAUGUCACCGCCCAGCCUCGGCGCUGCAGCCGACAGCAGGGCAGGACUGAUGAGGGGGGCGUGGCUGUUUGCCCCCGAGAGGCCAGAGGCCAGCGUGGAGAGGGCGUGGCCUGCCGAGUGGUCGCCUCAGGGUGCCGGCGUGGUGAAGAGGAACAUGGUGGUGGCUGAUGACUCUGCCUUCAGAGAGAAGAGUAAACUCCUCACCUCCAUGGAGAGACAGAAGUGGCUCAACUCCUACAUGCAGAAACUACUCGUGGUUAAUUCGUAAUAAUUUAUUCUUUACAGCCCUUUAUUCAAAUCAAACCACCUCUGCACCCUGACCUAGCAAAAAGGGUUUUUAAGUUAUACCCAAGUCUUAUUAUUGCUCAGUCAUUAACUUAUGAGACAAGAAUAUACUGUAGACAUCAAAAGGUCAUGGACCCAUUAGUGCUCAAGUCUAGCAUCUUAACGCUCAUAUUCCUGUUUUGCAGCACUUUAACAAUCAUAUGGUGCUGGA